AUGCGCACCCUCCUCCUCACCCUCGACGCCUUCAACACCCUCUUCCACCCCCGCCCCUCAAUCCCCGCCCAAUACGCCUCCGUCGCACACGCUCACGGCCUCCCCCGCACACAAAUAACGCCCGAACGCAUCCAAUCCGCCUUCAAAGCAGCCUACAAAGAAGCCUCCAAAUCACACCCAAACUACGGCCGCGACGCCGUUCUCCGCGGUCAGUACGGCGGUCCGCGCCAAUGGUGGGAAGACGUCGUGCGGAGUACUUUCACGCGCGCCCUAGACAAUCCCCCAUCCCACUCAACCAACUUGCCGGAGGGUCUCAUCCCGGCUCUUCUUGACCGUUUUGCGAGUAAAGAUGGGUAUGCGCUUUAUGAUGACGCGGGGGAUUUUAUUGCGCGGAUGCGGCGGGCGCGAUAUGGGACUAAUGGUAGUAGCGCUGGGUUAGAGAAGAGGGGGGGAAAGAGGCUCGGCCCGUUCGACCGCGUCUUUGUUGGCGUGGUGUCGAAUUCUGAUGAUCGCAUUUCUGUUGUCUUGGAGUCACUGGGCGUGAGGGUUGGGCGCUGUCGUGCGGAUGAAGAUAUCACUAGUGGGAGGCUUCCUGGGUUUGAGGAGAGAGGUGGUGGAUUGACCCCUGGUGAGGAGGGUGACGAGGGGCGCGACAAUGAUGUCGAUCUGGUCGUUACGAGCUACGAGGCAGGCGCUGAGAAGCCUAAUCGUCGGAUCUUUGACGUUGCGCGGCGGCAGGCUGGGCGGAUGGCGUUGGCUGUGGAUGGGGGUGAUAGUGAGAGUGCGGAUGAGGACUGGACGUGCGUGCACGUUGGAGACGACUUGGAGAAGGAUUAUCGGGGUGCUAUUGCGGCUGGAUGGGGGGCUUAUUAUAUCCCUAGGGAGGGGGAUAGUGAGGCUCCAGAGGGGGUGCGGGCUGUGCGGUCGCUGGUAGAUCUGAUUCCGGCGUUAGAGGAUUAUAAAUGA